AUGUCUGAUAUUACUCUCCCUGUUGAGCCUACAAUCUCGCCCGAGCCCGAGCCCGGCACGGUCUCCAUCUCACCUAUUCCCGGAGACCCUAGUGUGACAGCGAGCGAGCCUGUGCCCACAACGGCCCCACAAGUGCCUACAGGCGAAACCACCACGAAUUGGUUGCCCACGCUCACUUCAACGGCACCAACAGCGACCUUGCCAGUUACCUCGCCUCCCACUUCCAGUCCCACCAAGCCUUCUGCAGCCACAACGAAUCAGAAGAAAUUGUCGGCCAUGUUUGCUAUCUUGGUCAUCCUCCCCGCCAUCUUCAACGCUUUGUAA